AUGAUUAUUAUCGUACUGAUUUUUAUAGCUAUUACAAGUGGAUCCAUAAAUGGAGAGAGAACUAGAAAAAAUCCCAACGAUGUCUGUGCUUAUUUAACUAUCAAUAACACUUACAGCUGUGAACUUUUUAAUGUGAACAUUACAUCUAAGAAUCAAGCAUUCACUAUAAAUGCAAAAGAACAACAGGACACUCCUCAUCUUGUCAGAAGGGUCUAUUUUGCUUAUGGACAGAUUAUGAGAUAUGUUCAUCCACAAAUAUUAAGGACAUUUACAUUUUUGAGAACUUUGAUCCUUAAAAAUGUUCUUUUAUUCGAGAUUGACGAAACAAGCUUCUUCAACUGCAGUGAUUUAGAAUAUUUGGACUUGUCGAAUAAUAUAUUAGAGUAUAUAGGCAAGGGAGUAUUUGUUCGAUGUCCAAAAUUAAAAAUAAUUGAUUUGAGUUACAAUCGAUUGGAUAGAAUCGAGGAACAAGCUUUCAUUAAUCUGGCAAACUUAACUCAAUUGAAUUUCGAGGAAAACUUUUUAGUAAUUUACAAUCAACCUAGUUAUUCGUGGAAUCUGCCUAAAUUGGAAAUACUAAACUUAUCAGACAACUACAUCCUUACAUUAUCUGACAAUUUAAUCCAUAGUUUCAUUCUUAAGGACCUUAAUCUAUCGGACAAUAGAAUAAUGACAAUUCCACGUUAUUUCUUUCAACAUUCAAGAGCGUUAAUUCGACUUAAACUUGAUAGAAAUCGAUUGCAGUUCUCUUAUGACUGUCCAUUCUCAUAUCUUGUCAAUGUAGAAUAUUUAUAUCUGCAGUACAAUCUUAUCACAAACAUAAAUUGUGGAUUAUUCAGCAAUAUGUCAAAUUUGAAGGAACUGAGACUUGAGGGAAAUUUUAUAUAUGCAAUGUGCCCUGAAACAUUUACAACAUUUAAGAAGUUAAUCUUUUUGGAUAUUUCCUUUAACAUUUUCUCUAAUGUCGUCAGCAAUCCAAAAAUACCUUUACAGGAUCUGAAUGAGCUUCAAAUUUUGGAUAUGUCGCACAAUUCAAUUCAAUUUCUUGCACACGGAUUUGGACUAAGUGAAAAUAAUAAAAUCAAGGAAUUGAAAUUAAGCCACAAUAAGAUCUACAAUAUUUAUCCUAACAUGUUUGAGAAAAUGAUUAAUUUAACAAUUUUGGACUUAAGCUACAAUCGACUUAUCACAUUGUCUGUUGAAACACUCAGAAAUAACUACAACUUAAGAGUCUUAAAGUUGUCAAAUAAUAACUUUACAAGGCUUAAUUAUGAGUUUUUCUACAACACUUUGAAUCUAUACCUUAUAGACUUUAGCUACAAUGAAAUCAAUGAAAUUGAUGUUAAUCUUGUGACUAUAUUCAGGAACAUGAUGUUGAUGAACUUUACAGAAAAUUACUGUGUAAAUGUUAACUUAGUAAAAACUGGAAACACAGCUGUUGGAGAGUUAAACACAACUUUCAACGUCUGCUUUCAGAAUUAUGAAAAUAGACAUCCAAAUGAGAUUCAGAUGCCGGCUAUACCAACAGAAAGUCCGCAUGUGUCUCAAUCGAAUUUAAAUGAAGGUUCUUUUCAGCUGCAAUUUUUUGUAGCUUUUGUGAUAGUUUUAAGAUUCUGUUAGGGAAAAUUAAGUAAUUCUG